CUUUCUGUUCAGGCGCAUGCGCGGUCAGCCUCGGGUCUCGGGUCCUGGUGGUUGGAGGUGACAUUCAGCGAGUUAGCAUCGACAGACGCGUCAACAUGGCUCAAGCUGUGCAGAAACUGGUCUCUAAAGUCCCCACGAUGAUCGGCGCCGCUGUCACCUACUCCAGACCUCGGUUAGCAACCUUCUGGUACUAUGCCCGGGUCGAGCUCGUCCCUCCUUCUCCUGCCGAGAUCCCCAAAGCCAUCGAGGCUGCCAGGAACCUGAUCAAGGGGGCCCAGUCCGGACGGCUCGGCCAGACCACCGUGAAGGAUGCUUUCAGGAACGGACUGGUGGCAACUGAAGUGUUGAUGUGGUUCUACAUUGGAGAGUGCAUUGGCAAAGGAGGAAUCGUCGGCUAUGAUGUCUGAGUUUUGGACUGUCAUGCUUUAUUUUCUUUUGAGUGUUGUAUGCUCAACCUUCUGUAAAAAUCCUGGGAACCAAUAAACAGAUAUUGUUCUUGUU